AUGCAUGAAAAAGUUUUAUUGGGAACUCUGUCUUCAUGUAGUCUUACAAGUGAACAGAGUGAAUCUAUUAAUGAAUUAAUGGCAAUACGAAAACAACAAGGAAGUGUAUGGGAAGAACUUCUCAUGCUAGAAAUGCGUGUUUUAUGUAAAUUUUUACCAGAAAACUUUGAUCACUUAGAAGAUUAUAUUGCUCCUAUCAGUUAUUCACCGUUGAACAAUAACCAAAAAUCAAUUCAAAUCCGAAAUCAACACUAUAAAAUUAUACAAGAAGCGAAACGUGAAUGGUUAAAUUGUUUUUUAAAUGCGUAUGAUGCUAAAUUUAAAGAGUCUGAUCAACAAUAUCGAAAUGAAAUUGGGAAAUUAGAAACUCAAUUACUAAACAAUAGAAUUGCCGAUAGCUCAUCUGUUGUCAAGAAAAUUCAUGAUUACAUGGCCUACCAAACAGAUAAAUUAAAACAAAAUAUUCACAAUAAAAUAUUCUCUUUUCGAGGAAUAUUGCUUCAAAAUCAUCAACGUGUCUCCCCUAAAAUAAAAAAUAUGAUUGGUGUUUCUCCUGAACCAUAUCUUGAUUUAACUUUUAAGCCUUUCAAUAAACGUCAAUGGCUUUAUCUCUCACUUGGGCCAUCUUAUAUACGUUUAAAUCAAAGUGCCAUUCGUCUAAGAGAUCAACAAGAGAGCACAGUCACAAAAGAACAUAAAAAUAUUUAUGAUAAAAUUGCACAGCGACUUAGCUCACACCCAUACAAUGUACCGUUAAAAUCAUUGAUUCUCAAACAAUAUUCUAAUCAUCUUCUUGAAUAUUUUAAUAAUUCUUAUUUUACUCCGUUAUCGUAUAAAGAUCAACUUCGAGCGAUAGAACAAGCAAAAACAACUGCAUACAUUCGAAAAAUACUUAAAAAGCACAAUCUUAUACUUCGCAUAACUGAUAAGGGUCAUAAUUUUUAUAUUGGUUCAGAAACUGAAUUUGAAAAAAAAGCACAAAAAUUUUUCGAAGAUACCAAUGCCUUCAUGGAAUUAUCAGUCAAUCCAUUGAAAGAAAUUCAAGAUAAAGUCAUUCAAUCACUCAAUCGACUACGUGAGAAGAAACUUAUAUUGCAAUGGCAGUACAAUAAAAUGAUGCCUGAUCGAACAAAAUCGGAAUUAGCUCAUCUAUAUUUCAAUCCUAAAACACAUAAGGAAGAUAUACCCGUCCGACCGAUUGAAAAUACAAUUCAUGCUCCAACAACAAAUAUUUCAAAAUUUUUAAGUGAAAUUAUAUCACCUAUAUUUGACAGCAAAUGUGCAUCCACAACGGUUAUUGAUGGCGUUUCUUUGAUCAAAGAGCUUAACA